UAUGGGAGUCCGAGGGCAGCCACACUGAAUGUAAGCCUGUCUGACAAGAACGUUGGUGCUAUCAGGACUACCAGCAUGGCGGAUCAGCUGACAGAAGAACAAAUCGCCGACUUCAAAGAAGCCUUCGCACUGUUUGACAAGGAUGGAGAUGGCACCAUAACAACAACGGAACUGGGAACUAUAAUGAGGUCACUCGGGCAGAACCCCACAGAAGUUGAAUUACAGGACAUGAUCAAUGAAAUUGAUGCUGAUGGCAAUGGCACAAUUGACUUUUCAGAAUUCCUCACCAUGAUGUCAAGAAAGAUGAAGGAUACUGACAGCGAAGAAGAAAUCCGAGAGGCAUUCCGCGUGUUCGACAAGGACGGCGACGGUUUCAUCAGUGCCGCAGAACUCCGACACGUGAUGAUCAACCUCGGAGAGAAGUUAACAGAUGAGGAGGUGGAUGAAAUGAUCAAGGAAGCCGACAUGGAUGGGGAUGGUCUGGUGAACUUUGAUGAAUUCGUAAAUAUGAUGACAGCAAAGUAAAGGCAUGUAUGGAAAACAUGACAUUUCUUGUA